AUGCCCCGUCAACGCAGAAGAGGACGCAAAGAAAAGAAAGACGACAAGAAGGUCGACGCACCCAUCGAUACCAUUGACGAUCUCGAUCAACAACAGCAGCAGCCCGAUCAACUCGCAUCGAUGAACCAUGAUCAGCUUGACCAGGACAGAAAGUUUCGAUUCACUUCAUAUGGCCGCGUCGAAGAAGAAAUCAUGGGAUACUUUAAACACGUCGAGGAAACCUUGGAUGAUCCACCUUUCGAGACAGCAGAAGAUCAACGUCUCUUUGUGGAUGCUGUAUACAAUGAGGUCGAAGGCAACGAAUUACGUCUUGCAGUCAAUCCCACUUGUUCGCUUAUCCUUGAAAAGCUGUUGACCGUAUCGAAUCCAUUCCAAUUGCGUGUCUUUUGUGAUAAGCUUAGUGGACGUACCAUCGAAUUAUUCACAGAUCGUAACGCGUCCCAUGUCAUUCAACGCUUAUUGACGCUUGCAGCGGAUGUGGUUGAGACCGAAGUCAAGGAAGGCAAGCAAGAUGCAAUGGAAGUCGAUCCAGAGCAAGGUCAACUCUUGUCCAUGGAGCAAAUGAUCACCCACAUGGUCGAAGACGUCCUCCCUGAAUUGGUCGAUCUCAUUGUUCAACGCUAUGCUUCUCAUGUGAUCCGCGUCCUUAUCUUUUUGUUGGCUGGCAAACGCAUCGAUGAUUUCAAGGGUCAAGUGCGAAGUAAGAAUGCAAAGAAAUUCAAGCAAAAGUAUGAUCCAUCAGCUAGCAAGGCAUCAUCCAAAGCAUCACCCACUCGUCUUGUACCUGAAUCAUUCAAGGACUUGCUUCGUGCAGUGAGCGGUCAUAUCGCUGAGAAGGCUUCUGAAGAACAAUUACGUAGCAUAGCAUUUGACAGUAAUGGCAAUCCCGUCAUCCAGAUUCUUUUGGAGGCAUUGGAUGAUAAGGAUCCCGAGAGUGAGAAGAUCAAGACGACUUUGUUGGAUCGUAUGCUUUUUGGAUUAUUGAGUGCUGAUGAAACGGAUGCGACAAAGUACGCUCGUCAAAACUGGUUCCAGGGCAUGAUUUUCGACAAGGUUGGCAGCCACAUGGUACAACUCAUCAUCAAGGUGGCACCCACAUCCGUAUACAACAAAAUGUAUGAUGCACUUCUCAAAGGCAAAUUGCUCGGAUACAGCAAACACAAUGUCGCCAAUUACGUCGUUCAGUCGGUGGUGGCAAAUGCACGUACAGCUGAUCAAAUCAAAGAAAUGGCAACCGAGUUGGGUGGUUUCAAAUCGCUUCUUGAAAAUGGAAAGUAUGGUGUCGUUCGCACUGUGGUUCAAGCUUCUGCCAAUCUCAAGACCAUGGAAAGUGAGGUGAUGGAUUGGUUACUCGAAGCAUUUGGCGUCAGUGGAAAGGAUGAUCAAAAGGAGUUGGCCAAUUGUCUCAUUCGCAUGAAAUCACUCGAGACAUGGAAGGAGAGAUCUGAAGAAGAACGGUACAAUGUCGAUGAUCUUCAUAUUCAAGGCUCUUUAUUAUUCCAAGACAUCAUGAAAAUGUCCAGCAAUCAUCACAGCGUCUUGAUUGGCAGCUUCUUGUCACAAAAGCCAGAGUGCACGCUUCGAUGGUGUUUCUCUCCUCAAGGCUCCCGUGCUUUCGAAUCCAUCCUUACAUCCGAACAAGUGAACAUGAAGGUUAAGAAGAAGGUGAUCAAGAACCUUGAAGGCCGCUUUGUUGCUUUGGCAAAGGACAAGUUCGGUAGCCAUGUCAUUGAGCGCUGUUGGGCUUGUGCUGAUAUCCACACCAAGGAACAAAUUGCAAACGAGUUACUCAAGAAGGAGUAUGAUUUGGCAGAUCAUUACAUUGGCAAGUGUAUCUUAUGGACAUGCCGAAUUGAGCAAUUCAAGAGGAGACGUGCUGAGUGGAUUGAACGAGAAAAGGGCUUGGAGAAACGGAAAAAGAUGUUUGAAGAUAUUAUUGACACCGAUGAGAGAUCCUCCAAGAAACACAAAUCCAAGGCAUAG